ACUGACACUUUUGAAAUCAGAAGAUGAUCUGAUCAGCUCUGUGUCCCAGAAAGAUAACUCUGUUGUCACCAAAUGUUAACCCUAUUAUUGUGUUUUUACCAUAGGCUGCAUUAAAAACUGGUCAGCAUUUCUUUACCUUAUUUUCACAGUAAUAUUAAUUGAACCUACAUCUGGCAGUCUGUAUAACAAACAUAUGCUAGAAAUUACAAAUUUGGCAGAAAAGGGAAUUGUAAUUAAAUAUCAUUUUAGUACAAGGACUGCAUCAUAGCUACCAAACCUAGUUUUCAAGGGAAAUAAAUUUACAUGGAAUAAUAAAGUCACUCCCCUAGAAGCUGUGAUGUAACAUUUGAAAAAUACAUGAACUUACAUCAGUUAUUAGCAUGGUACCAGUUCUACCAUCCAGUCAUUGUACAUUGAGGAACUAUACAUUUUUUAAAUACCAAAACAUAUAGUAUCUUGAAGUGUAAAAUAAUCUAGUAAGAUAAUGUAAAUCUUAUCAGAUAAUGUAAGUGAAUUCUGCAGGUGCCUUCAGAAACUAUAUGUAGGAUUCUAUUUAAUAAAGAAUGACUUUGAGGGUCGCCUAGAUGGCUUAGUCGGUUAUGCGUCUGACUCGAUUUCAGCUCAGGUCUCUAUCUCAGAGUCUUGAGUUCAAGCCCUGCAUUGGGCUCUACGCUGGACACGAAGCCUAGUUAAACAAACAAACAAACAAACAAAUAAAUAAUAAAUAAAAUAAAGGAUGACUUUGAAGGAGGCUUAUGAGUUUGGGCAUACAAUUCUCUUUGAGUAAGAUAUACACACUUGUCUAAAAGUACAGCUCUAUAACAUAAUUACACUUAAGCCACAGAUAGCUUUUGAUUUUUAAGCUUUGUAGUUGAUUGCCACAACACCAUCAGUUGCCACUUCAUUUUAAUUCUUCUCAUUAAUGCUAGUUUAGUUCAUCAAGGGACUGAGAUGUCAUGAUAAUGACAGACGAGACUGAAAGCAUACAGAUUUCAUGAAGUUCCUCACAUUUUGUAAGGUUUUGUUGUAAUAACAUUUCAGGAUGCUUUGGGCCCUAAGAAUUGAUGAGAAUGAUCACAGCAUUUGAAGCCCUCCAUUUAGGUCUGAUUAUUGGAGCACACUGACUGGAUUAAUGUUUAACAGCGGCUGUCCUGCAGAUUCACUAAGGAAGUUGAGAGACGGUGAUUUCAUUCUUCUUUACUCGACCAGCCUUGUUGCACAGUUAAUUAAGACCUGCUGAAGAAUAGCCUUAGGAAUAGGGCCUGGGAAGGGAAAGCCUUUUAAAUAAUGCAAAUAGAAGAGUGAAUUUAUUUUCACAGCUGAAAUAGCUGGUUUUCCCCAGUUUGGAUUAGUGAGAUCAGAUUUGAUUUUGCUGGCUGGGUAGAGAACUAAUAUAAAGAAACAACUCCUUUUCUGGACUGUAAUCUGAGUUUUAAGUUACUACGUGCUAUUAAAGAGCUGAGCUUGUAGAGUACAUUCACAUGCAGUUCCAUAUUUCAUAAUUUUCUGUAAUUAUCAUAUAUACAUAGAAAGACAUAUAACACGUGUACAGUUUAAAGAAUGAUUAUAAUACGAACACUCAGUUAACCACCGAUCAGAUAAAGAAAAAUUACCAGCAUUCCAGGAGCCCCACCUUCACCAUGUACUCUAUCCAGAUGGUGACCUCUUCUCUCCUCUGGGUAGCUACUGUCUUUACUUUUGUCAUUUUCUUGCUUCUCUUUGUAAUGUAGCAACUUAUAUUUGUAUCAUAACACGCUAUAGUUUAGGUUUGCCUGGUUUUGAAUUUAUAUGAAUAGAAUUAUGUUAUGUGCUCUCGUGUCUGGCAUCUUUCAGUGUUACACGUCUGAGAUUUUCUCUGUGUUUUUGCCAUCCAGUGAAAUUUCUUUAAAAAGCCUUUUCUAUAUUUGAUCCUCUCCCUUUUUUACUUAGGAUCCCUCUAAAUGCUUUCAGUUAUUCCUCCUUUGCCUUCUUGGAUUUUCUGCUAAAUAAGGUCUAAAGACUCAAAGUUGUCUGGACCCCAGUUUUGUGAACAUAUCCGACUGACCCAGUUUGAUGGCAUUCGUUUAGAUGAGACUACAUCUUUAAGGCUUCUGUGCUCGGUUAAAAAUCUUCCUUUCUCCAAGCUGGUCCAAGGGUCUGGUCACGUGACGCCACCAGUGACAUCACAUUCUGACCGCAGGGAACACUGGUGGUUCUUUAGGUGGCGUUUGUUCCUGUGAAAGGCAGAGAACGCAGCAAGUGCCCUUCUAAAGCAGUUCAUACCGGGGCUCCUUCUGUAAAAGCUCCUCAACCUAAAUGACCAAAUGCUGGCUGCCAAAGUUAUUUCUUCCUUGAGGCAGAAAAAAAGAAAGCUGUGAUUGAAGAGGAAAAGUCAUACAAUGGUGGAGGAAUAGGUUCUUCAAAUAGGAUGAUGGACUUCUUGGAGGAGCCAAUCCCUGGUGUGGGGACCUAUGAUGAUUUCAAUACAAUUGACUGGGUGAGGGAGAAGUCUCGAGACCGGGAUAGGCACCGAGAGAUUACCAAUAAAAGCAAAGAGUCAACAUGGGCCUUAAUUCACAGUGUGAGUGAUGCUUUUUCUGGCUGGUUGUUGAUGCUACUUAUUGGGCUCUUAUCAGGCUCCUUAGCUGGCUUGAUAGACAUUUCUGCUCAUUGGAUGACAGACUUAAAAGAAGGCAUAUGCACAGAGGGAUUCUGGUUUAACCAUGAACACUGUUGCUGGAACUCUGAGCACGUCACCUUCGAAGACAGAGACAAAUGCCCUGAGUGGAAUAGCUGGUCCCAGCUUCUCAUCAGCACAGAUGAGGGAGCCUUUGCUUACAUAGUCAAUUAUUUCAUGUACGUCCUCUGGGCUCUCCUAUUUGCCUUCCUUGCCGUGUCUCUUGUCAAGGUAUUUGCGCCUUAUGCCUGUGGCUCUGGAAUUCCUGAGAUAAAAACUAUCUUGAGCGGUUUUAUUAUUAGGGGCUAUUUGGGUAAGUGGACCCUGAUUAUCAAAACCAUCACGUUGGUGCUGGCCGUGUCAUCAGGCUUGAGCCUGGGCAAAGAGGGCCCCCUAGUGCACGUGGCUUGCUGCUGUGGGAACAUCCUGUGCCACUGCUUCAACAAAUACAGGAAGAAUGAGGCCAAGCGCAGAGAGGUCUUGUCGGCUGCAGCAGCAGCUGGUGUAUCCGUAGCCUUUGGGGCACCGAUCGGUGGAGUGUUAUUCAGCCUAGAAGAGGUCAGCUACUAUUUCCCCCUCAAAACGUUGUGGCGUUCAUUCUUUGCUGCCUUGGUGGCAGCAUUUACUCUACGUUCCAUCAAUCCAUUUGGAAACAGCCGACUGGUUCUGUUUUAUGUGGAGUUUCACACCCCAUGGCAUCUCUUUGAGCUUGUGCCGUUCAUUCUGCUGGGUAUAUUUGGUGGUCUGUGGGGUGCUUUGUUUAUCCGCACCAACAUCGCCUGGUGUCGGAAGCGUAAGACCACUCAGUUGGGCAAGUAUCCUGUCAUAGAGGUACUUGUUGUGACAGCCAUCACUGCUAUCCUGGCUUUCCCCAAUGAAUACACCCGCAUGAGCACAAGUGAGCUCAUUUCUGAGCUGUUUAAUGACUGUGGCCUUCUGGAUUCCUCCAAGCUUUGUGACUAUGAGAACCGUUUCAACACAAGCAAGGGGGGUGAACUGCCCGACAGACCGGCUGGUGUGGGAGUCUACAGUGCCAUGUGGCAGCUGGCCUUGACACUCAUACUGAAAAUUGUCAUCACUAUAUUCACCUUUGGCAUGAAGAUCCCAUCUGGCCUGUUUAUCCCCAGCAUGGCUGUUGGUGCUAUAGCAGGCCGACUUUUAGGAGUAGGAAUGGAGCAGCUGGCUUAUUACCACCAUGACUGGGCCAUCUUUAAUAGCUGGUGUAGUCAAGGAGCAGAUUGUAUCACCCCUGGACUUUAUGCGAUGGUUGGGGCUGCAGCCUGCUUAGGUGGGGUGACUCGGAUGACUGUUUCUCUCGUUGUCAUAAUGUUUGAACUAACUGGUGGCUUGGAGUACAUUGUGCCUCUGAUGGCUGCAGCCAUGACAAGCAAGUGGGUGGCAGAUGCUCUGGGGCGGGAGGGCAUCUAUGAUGCCCACAUUCGUCUCAAUGGUUACCCCUUUCUUGAAGCCAAAGAAGAGUUUGCUCAUAAGACUCUGGCAAUGGAUGUGAUGAAACCCCGUAGAAAUGAUCCUUUAUUGACUGUCCUUACUCAGGACAGCAUGACCGUGGAAGAUGUAGAGACUAUCAUCAGUGAAACCACUUAUAGUGGCUUCCCAGUGGUGGUGUCCCGGGAAUCCCAAAGACUUGUGGGUUUCGUUCUCCGAAGAGAUCUCAUCAUUUCAAUCGAAAAUGCUCGCAAAAAACAGGAUGGAGUUGUGAGCACUUCCAUCAUUUAUUUCACUGAGCAUUCUCCUCCGAUGCCACCGUACACACCACCCACCCUAAAGCUUCGGAACAUCCUGGAUCUCAGCCCCUUCACUGUGACUGACCUUACACCCAUGGAGAUUGUAGUGGAUAUCUUCCGCAAGCUGGGACUGCGGCAGUGCCUGGUUACGCACAAUGGGCGAUUGCUUGGAAUCAUUACCAAAAAGGAUGUGCUAAAGCAUAUAGCACAGAUGGCGAACCAAGAUCCUGACUCCAUUCUCUUCAACUAGAAUCACAGGGUUGUGCUGGAUAUAAAACAGGAAGGACAUUGCAGACCAUGGAUGUAUUUUAUUAACUGGGUACCCAAAACACAUUUCCCAUAUUUGGAUGGUGAAGUUAUAUUAGUGUGUUGUCUCUUUCCUAUAAGUUAACCAGUUGCACUACAUAAUCUCUGGAAUUUAAUCUUCUCUUUAGGAGAAAAUACAGUUAGGCUUCUGUGAUAUCGCAUUAGGAAGAGUUCAUGAGAGAAUAAACAAGAUUGCUAGGGUUUAAUUCUUUAAAAUUUUUUUUUAAUUUAAAACAUAAUUGUUAGCCAAUAUGCAAUCACUGAAAACUAUGCAAGAAAAAUUCCAACCGUCCUGACCUAAAGCCUGCAGAAAGCUCAUGACCAAGUCACUUUUUUGGACUCUGUCAUUGGUGGAAGAUGAAGUGUAAACUAAGGGGCUUUGCUUUUCCAAACACAGAAAAGAAAGCCAGAAGGAAAAUAGUAAUGCUGUUUUCCAGACUGUGAAAAUUCAGUUCAAAUGUUUUCUUGUUCCUGUUACAAUAUUUAGCAUUAUUAGUUUGUGUGUGUGUAUGUGUAUGUUAAUAUCUGAUUAUAAGACAAUGCUGCUUUGGUUAACCUCCUCUAAACAAAUUUAGAGAGGUUGACUUUUAUAGCUUGCUUGUUCCUGGUACUCUUUUGAAGUGCACAAAGAUAAGUUAUGGAACUUUCUCCUUGUCUGCCAAAAGGGUGAUUUUCCAGAUGGUAUUUGUUAGUCCAGUAGACAAGGACUUUGCCAUGAAUUCGUUAGUAACAAGGAAUGAUUUCUCCAGCUUCCUUGAAAUGAAUGAUUAGUAAAGUUCUAAGCCAAGUCAAUGACUAGGAAUUUCAUGUUUUUUUGUGAGGUCCCAACUAAUUCUCUUACCCAGAUGCCACCUCCAUGAGUGAUGGUGCUUUAGGCUUCUGGAAUAUAUAAGAAUAGUAAAGGGAACCAAAUCUGGACUGCAUACUGAUAAACCAGGGAAGAUCCUGAGCUGUAUCUGCAUUCUCAUGCAUUCCUUCGUAAAGACCACCAGUACUAAAAUAACUGGGCACUCAUGCCUCCUUCCAGUGUUAAGUACAUAUAACAGGCCAGUUGUUGUCCCUGUGAGCAUGAAUUAAGGCUUGGGGUACUUAAAAAUCCAUUUGAGGCAUUGGAAUAGGAUAGGCAGCUGUGACUCCCUUGGGGUUCCUUAGAAUU